GGUGUUGCUGCAUUGCGGCGACCCGGGGAACGCCACACUGAACUACUUGGAGAAUUGCGGCACACGAAAUUCCCUAAGAAAAACCCCACAAAAACCAAAGCCGUCGUGCGGUAAAGAGUUAGCGAAAAAUGCUACACCACGGCUACAGGAGCCCCCUGCGGGGCAACCCCCCGCCAGGCUGAAAAAAUGGGGGGAAAAGGCUACCCUCAGGGUCCCCAGAGGGAAAAGGUUAAACCCCCCAGGGGCCCCAGAGGAAAAGGGCCUACCCCUCAGGGGGCCCCAGAGGAAAGGUUACCCCCCAGGGGGCCCCAGAGGAACGGUCUACCCCUCAGGGUCCCCAGAGGAAACGGGCACCCCCCAGGGGCCCCUGAGGGGAAGGG